GUCAGGCGCACAUCAAUCGUCCUGAUUUUUGCAACCAGUCAUGUGGUCUGGUGGAGACGACUUGAACGAAAACGGCGAACGCGUUCGUUUGUACCAGCCGAUCCUGUACGGACGCAAACCCGUCCAAGAGGAUCCGACGGCAUCCUACAUUGGCGGCGAUGACGAUAACCAAUUUCCCUUGGACGGAACCACCGCAACCUGUUCCAGCUGCCAAAACUCCUUACAGCUGUUGGCACAGCUCUACGUUCCCCAGUAUCGAACGGCACACGGUUCCACUCCCGUCGCCAAGACGUUGCAAAUCUCUGCCUGUCGACGAGCCAGCUGUUGGAACCAAUUGUUUACGGAAGGAAAGAUAUCAGACGGUCAGGGGGUGGUUCGCUGUCGCCGUCUUUGCAGGGAUCGCCUAGACUACUGUCGAGAGAAGUUCCAAGCUUCCCGGCAACAAGAGACGACGCUACCGUCUAGAACGGAUUCGCCGUCUCCACAUACCAAUACCAUCGCAGCGGACGAUUGGGCGGUUCCCGCCGAUGUUACCGAAGACAAUAGUCUCGGCGAUUUGGAAGUUCAGUUAGCCGCUCUGGAAGCCGCGGAAGGAUCGUCCCGAAAACCGGCCAAGCCGUGGAAGCGGACUCGACCACAGCAGUGUGCAUCCUCGAAAUUUUCUUGUUUCGAAUUGUCGCACGUCCAAGAGCCGGGUGCCAUUGCUCCGUUGGACGACGAAGACGACGUGGGUCUUUCCAAAACGGACGACAACGCCAAAAUCCAAGCCAUGCUCGCCCGGUAUUUGGCGGAAGAAGACGACACUGAUAUAAUCAACGCUCUGCGUCCGUCAAUGAAUACCGGAGGAGGGAGUACUUGGACCGCCACGGAACCGGACGAGCGACUGAGUGUCGAAGAUCGCGCGUUAUGGACGUUUACGGACCGCCUUCAACGUUCCCCCCGCCAAGUGUUGCGGUACGCACUGGGUGGUGUACCCCUGUGGUCCAUUCCCGUAUCCGUGGCAUUAUCAUCGAAGGUAUUGAGUACGCCACCGAUCCCCGCGUGUGUGUGUGGCGCACCACGGGUGUACGAAUGUCAGUUACUCCCGUCCGUCUUGGCCAUUUUGCGGGUGGACCAACCCCAGCACGAGUCGAUCUGGGGAGACGCGUUGGAUUUCGGCAACGUGGCCGUGUACAGUUGUACGGCCGCGUGUGCCGAUGCCGACGAAGAAUUCGUGGUGGUGCAGCAAUCCGUAGACGCGUGGCCCGCGGAGGGAGUGGAUCCCCGGCGUAACGACGACGCAACGGCGGCGGUGGUAAUCCCGGAAGAUGCCCGCUUUAGCGUGGACGAUGAUGACGAUGAUGAACAGAAUCGUGGGUAG